AUGGAUUUUGAAAUUAAUCAUACUGAGAGCUUAAAUAGCUGCAUCCCCAACAGCUCCAGGGCUGCUCAAAACUUUUCUCUGCCUGACGACCCCAGGAGGAUGAGCUAUGGCAGCUUCAUAAUGCCUGCCCUGUUUGGCACUAUCUGCCUGUUGGGGAUCAUUGAUAACAGCUUGGUUAUCUGUACAGUCUUAGAGAAAUCUGGCCCUAGCAAUAGUGUCCCAGAUAUCUUCAUCAGCAGCCUCUCCAUGGUGGACCUUCUCUUCCUCUUGGGUAUGCCCUUCCUCAUCCACCAGCUGCUGGGGAAUGGAGCCUGGCACUAUGGGGAGACAAUGUGCACAAUUAUCACAGCCCUGGAUGCCAGCAGCCAGUUCACCAGCACCUCCAUCCUCACAGCUAUGUCCAUUGACUGCUACCUGACUCUCAUCUACCCCUUCACCUCCACUCACUUCAGGAAGCCUCCUGUAGCAAUCCUUACCAUCCGUAUGCUCUGGGCCCUUUCUUUCCUCAGCAUCACACCUCUGUGGAUGUACACUCAGCUCAUCCCUUUGCCUGGAGGUCUACUGGGCUGUGGAAUUUUCCUGCCCAACCCCAGAGAUAUUUAUUGGUACACACUCUACCAAUUGUUCCUGGUCUUUGCCAUCCCUUUCACCCUGAUCACAGCUGCUUACAGGAAGAUCCUGCUGAAGAUGUCCAGGUCUUCAGAAACCCUGAUGAACCAAAGAUACACCAGGGCUCGAACCAAGAGGCUGAUCCACACAGCAAUUGCUAUUUGUGCAGCCUUCUUCAUUUGCUGGGCACCUUUCCACAUCCUGCAACUUGCCCUGACUCACCCUACCCUACCGUUAUACUAUGUCUACAAUGUGGCUAUCAGCAUGGGUUAUGCCAACAGUUCUCUGAACCCCUUCAUCUAUCUGGCCCAAAAUUUCCAGAGGCAGCUUGGGGUCCCUGUGAUGCCAACAGUUGCUGGACAGGCCUCCCCAAACAGGAGCAAAAACAUUCAGGAACAUGGAGCUGCAUCAGGGCAGCCACUGCUGCAUUUGGUGUCCAUCUCUGGUAGUUAG